AUGCUUUCAAAUAAAGGCUUGAAAUUAGGAUUGGCCUCCGAGUAUGACUUUAAAACUACAGAGGGAAUCACUCGAUAUUUAAGAAGCAGAAAGACCUCAAUUAAUGAGAUCUAUCAGGUCUCGUUCAAGCUUAUAAAGGAUGACCCAGAAUAUCAUCUCCCGCAAAAGGAAAAGUUUAUUUUUGAAUUGUUAUGUGAUCGUUUGUCACAACCGAAUCUUGGUGAAUUCAAAAGAAGUCCUGAAGUUUGGGAUCUCUUCAAUCAGAUCUGGUCAAAGCUCAAUGAUAUAAAACAGAUAGUACUCGGUAAGACAAGAUUGUGCAACAUAUUGACCUCCUCCAUAGAAGAGAUAGAUAAUUCCGAAUCUUAUCAAAAUGAGAAGCUUGUUCGUUUCUUUUCCAGCUGUCUUCAAUUGGCUAUUAGACACUCCAAACUCCCGUUCUCUCAAGAUCAGAGUGUAUCCAUAAUAAGCCGAAUCUUGAAGUUCAUUACCUCAGAGGGUUCAAGCUAUGGCGAGUCGCUAGUUGAAGAAAUGGCCUCCGUUUUGAUUACAGUAUACAAUCAGUCGAAUUCAAGUGCCAUACGAUACAGCAAGAAUGUUGUAUCACAGUUUUGUGGAUCAUGCCUACCCAAUCUAACUUCUCUAAUUACUGAGGACCUUAUAUCUUCCACGAUCAGAAGUAAACUUGAAUUGAUAGUUACCGAUACUCUUUUUUCUGAGAAUAAUUCGGUCCAUUGUAAAGAUAACCUUGGUUUCUUUAUAAACAGUGCUCGUGCUCAGAAUAAAAUAGGUACUAAGGAAUUGGUCUAUUUGUUCAAGAUGGUGAUUCCUAAAGUGUCUAUUGCAGAGAUAGAAGACAUAUUCAAAUUUUUCACCAUGAGAUAUCCUGAUAGUUCUGCAGACUUGUUGCAAGAAGUGAUCACCAUCAAUAAAACCUUGUCAACUGAGUUCUUGGCAGACUUGGUCAAGAGAGAGCUCGAUGCUCCAAAGAAGGAUUCCCAUAAAAUAAUUGUUCUUGCUCUCAAAAGAAACACUGAAGUUGGUAUUAAAUUCUCCCAUCGAAUCAUUGAUGUCAGUCUCAAAAAGGAUGAUGAAGAAGCCUUGUUCCUCCUUAAAGCGCUUUUUCAAUGUUACGUCAGAGCAAGAGAAUUGCCUUCCUUUGUUAAGCUAUGGAGUGACUACAUUGCAAGAGGUUCGUCCCUUCAAACUCAAACUGUUCUCACUUCAAGUGAAAUGGUGGGUUCUUGCUCUUCUUACUUUGUUAGUCUCUCAUACGUUCAGUUAGAACGAUUAAUGAAAACUCUUGUGAAUCAAUACAGGGAUGAUCCUAAAAACAGUUUCAUUCCUUUGCUAUCAAUAUCUAGGGGACUUCUAGCUGGAAUCACAGGUUCGAUAAACAGUUCCAAUAAUGUUUCUCUUAUAUCUAACAUUGAGAAAUUGAAGCCAUUAUAUGUUGAAAUUCUCCGGAUAUCAAGUAAAAUAUCUACUGAAGGUUAUACAUGGAAACUCUCUUCCUACAUUUUUAUGCUUUAUGAUCUCGAUGAGUUAACCUCUGAAAUAGAUGUCAAAUGGUUCUUUGAGGAUCCAAAGACUCACAUGGAUAAUGAAAGUUAUUUUUUCACCUUAUUUAGAAUUUUAGAGCAAGAUCCUUUGUUGUACAGCAAAAAGGUUGGAUCUGCCUUCAUUAAGGGUUUUAGUAAAGCAGAUUCCAAGGAUUUCCAGAGAGCUGUUUUCUUUAGGUGGUGUGUUCUAUUGAACUCCUUGAUGGAUAUUGAAGAUAUCCGCAAAUUGGUUAAAGUUCUUUUUGGCCAUCAUAUUGAUGAUCAACUUGUGUUUGAUAUCCUCUCCUACCCUGUCCUUCAUGAACAAUCGAAGUUUAUGGAUGCCAUAGUGGACUCUAUCAUUGUUCAAUUUGACAAGAAGAAAGGGGCAUCUUUGCGCUUUGUGGAUUUGAUUCCUGUCUACUGCUAUGGAAAGCAUCAAAGACAAAAAAUGCUAGACGGUUUACUUGAUAUGGCAAUUCUUUCAGAUUGUUCGAACGAGAAUAAGCUUUGCGCCAGUCAUGCUAUACUAGAUUUGUUAGAAUUACCUACAUUCAAGUCCUUGAUAGAGACUGAUCCUAAGUCAAUGGUGAAGUUGGUUUCCAGCUCGACGGACACUGAAAGCCACGAUUCAUCCUUGGAGAUUGCCCGUAAGAUUUGUAUAGAGUACAUGAGGCAAUCCUCUGCAGAUGAUUCUGGAUUUAUUCCGAAAUUGCAAAAAUUAUUGGACAGUAAGCUUAGAUCUAAAUCCAAGAAACUUGUCUUUGCCCCAUAUCUUAGCAUCUGUCUUUGCCUUUUGAAGUCUUCUUCCAAUAAGUCAGAGGAGUUUAAACCGCUUCUUACUUUGGCAGCCUCUAAGGCCCUGGAAAUAUUUUCUAAAAAUCCAUCGGAUGCUGAUAUUUGCUGGUUGUGUGGUCUUCUAUCCGAUGUUUAUUGCUUGGAUCCCAGCUGCAUUGAAAAGUCGGCUUUGAAGCAUGAUAUCAAAUCUCUUGGUCAAACAGGUUCUAUUGAAGUUCAGCAAGCUUUAUUUGGUUUGGUUACAGCCGUUUCAGGCAUUUAUGAGCCGAUUUAUGUGGUUUCUAUGUUUUUAGCUCUUGGCGAUAGUGAAUCCAAUGUUGCCAAUAUCGAUUCUUUCAUUGAACAUCUAAGCACUGAAAGUGAGGACGGUUUUAAAAUGUUAUGGUUGUCUGUUCUUAAAAUUCUUGAAGAGGAAGACCAGACUUACAAAUUGAAGUGUAUAUAUCUUCUUUGUUCAUUCUUUAAACAUUUGAAGAAGCCUUCCGACGACGCGCUCAUUGAUGAGCAGCAGACUCUUGUUGUUAAAUCCAUCUCUUUUAUUGUCUCAAUGAGAAAUAAGUCCAGCUUUCCUUCGACGUUGUUGAUUGAGCUUCUUAAGUCGUUGAGAACAAUUAUAUCGGCCAAAUAUUGGUCCCUCACGCAAUAUUCCAUUGAGUUGAUCGUUGUACUCGCCAAUCAGAUUGUCGAUGCUAGCAUUUCCACCGAGGUUUAUGUGCACCUUACACAGUUGGUUGCUAGUAUUCUUCUCUUCCAAAGAUUUAGAUUGUCUAGCAGACUGCAUCUUAUCAUUACCGUGGUGAAUGAACUGAUGGAACUUUUGUUCGUUAAAGACGAUUCACGUUCAUUGAUAUUUUCUUCUCAAGAUUGUGGUAUAGCCUUUGAAAGAUUGAUGGGUAAUCUUUGUGAACCCUCGGUUACGACAAUUACAGGACAUACAGAAGGAGGAUCUUUGGAAACCUCUGGAAAAGUGGACGGAACGGAUGCUUCUGCAACUACCGCUGUGUCUCGGAUGAAGACGAAUCUCAGAAGAUCUCUUCCGGUAGUAGUUUUGAAUUACUUAAGGCUCUUUCUCAAGUAUGAGGUGGAGCCUGAUGUUAAAAAGCAUUUGUUGAAUAGUGUGUUUUUGAUCAUGAAGGCUUUGACAUCGAACGAAUUUAAUUACAUCAAUGCAAGUGUUGACUCACAAAGUCGUGCUGCUUUCAAAAAGCUUUAUGAGGAUUACACCAAGUUUGGAAAAUGGAGGGAGGAGUGA